AUGCACGUCCUCUCUACGCUCAUUCCGAGUCUGGGACUGUUGGCCCACCUCAGCACCGCUGCCUACACGUUGCAGGACGACUAUGGCACCACUGACUCGUUUUUUGACAACUUCGACUUUUACACGGAUUCGGAUCCCACCAAUGGCUACGUCAACUACCUCGACCGCUCAAGUGCUAGCAGCGGUCGCCUUAUCAGCACUUCUGGUGGUUCCGUGUACAUUGGUGUCGACACUGUCAACACUGCCAGUGACCCUGGCCGCUCGAGCGUGCGCCUGACGAGCAAAAACACCUACACCCAUGGAUUGGUGAUUUUGGAUCUGGAGCACAUGCCUGGCAGUGUCUGCGGUACCUGGCCUGCCUUCUGGAUGCUCGGCUCAGACUGGCCCAGCAACGGCGAGAUCGACAUCAUUGAAGGCGUCAACACCCAAACCAACAACCAGAUGACCCUGCACACCAGCGAUGGCUGUUCUAUCAACGACUCUGGCUUCAGUGGCUCCGCCGAGACCACCAACUGCUACGUCGAGGCCUCGGAUCAGUCCGCCAACGCCGGCUGUGCCAUCAUUGGCUCCAGCGACCAGUCCUACGGUGACGGAUUCAAUAAAGCCGGCGGCGGCGUCUACGCCACCGAGUGGACCUCCUCGGGCAUCAGCGUCUGGUACUUCGCCAACGCCAGCAUCCCCUCGGAUAUCACCAGUGGCAACCCCGACCCUUCGGGCUGGGGCACGCCCUCUGCUGCAUUCACCGGAAGCUGCGAUAUUGACUCGCACUUUAAGAACCUGCAAAUCGUCUUUGACAUCAGUUUCUGCGGCGACUGGGCCGGCGAUGUGUGGUCCUCCAGCAGCUGCGCCUCCAAAGACAGCACCUGCAACUCCUACGUGCAGAACAACCCCUCCGCCUUCCAGGAGAGUUACUGGAGCAUCAACUCGCUCAAGGUCUACAAGGAAGGCAGCAGCAGCUCCAAACACAGCGCGCACGUGCACGGUGGGCACAAGCGCGAUGAGCAGGCUAUCGGCGAGGGCACGUCGCGCCGCUCGGCGCCGUAUGUUCGCCCGGGGCCCCGCCCGGCCUGGAAGCACCGCCGCGGUCAGUAUAAGCAUGGCCAUGUGUAA